AUGCCGGGUGAUUCUGGAGAGCCACUCCUGCCCCUCAGGCCCGAGAACCCAAAGGAGGACGUGGGCCUGCUGAGAACUCACCUCCUCCUCCGGGGGCAGGCCACGGCUUCCCCAGGAGAGGCCCCCGCCACAGCCCGGCUCUCUCCCGCUGGGUCUGAGGGAAUCUACCUCGCGCCCCUCUGUCCUUGGCUCAGGGACCCGCAGAGCGCCUUGGGAAGGGCGGAGGCGCUAACCUGGGGGCGGGGGCUGCUCGGGCUCCACUCGGACCCCAGCUCGUGGUACGCAGCGGAGCCGGUCCGCGUCCUCGCGGAGGUCCGCCCCCGUCGAUGCAGCCGCCGCGGAGCUCCUGGGCCGUCCCGGCGGCCCCUGAACUCCCCUUUCCGAGACGGGGGGGGGGGGGCGGCGCUGGGAGAGGGCUCGGAGGCAGGAGUUAGGAGCUUCCUCGAGAGAGGACAGGCCGGGGGCAUCUCCAAGCGCCCUCCGCGCUCCGACCGUGUGGUCCCGCCGCGCCGCCACAGCUGCUCCUACCUGGGGAGGUGCGCCGGGGCCCAGGGGGCGGGUAGUAGAACUGAUGCCGGCGCCUCAGCCCCAGGACCAAUUCCAGACCCGUUGACCGCCUGGCACCAGCGCGCAAAGGACCCUUCAGCCCCAGACAGAAGGCUAGUUCCAGUACCAGCGUCGCUGCCGGCGCCUGGCUUCGAGGUCCAGAACACGAGCAGCGCCGUCGACGGCCGGUCGGGAAACAGCGGGCGCCGAGCCUCCUGCGAGCCCCCGGCAGGGAAGCUGUGCUCCGGUCGAGCUGCGGGGACCCUCUCAGCUCUCUGCAGAGGGGCCCAGCGUCGGUCCCCUCGGAAGCGCCCCCUGCAGCGGGGCAAGCCGCCCUACAGCUACAUCGCGCUCAUUGCCAUGGCCAUAGCGCACGCGCCGGAGCGCCGCCUCACUCUGGGCGGCAUCUACAAGUUCAUCACCGAGCGUUUCCCCUUCUACCGCGACAACCCCAAAAAGUGGCAGAACAGCAUCCGCCACAACCUCACGCUCAACGACUGCUUCCUCAAGAUCCCGCGCGAGGCCGGCCGCCCGGGCAAGGGCAACUACUGGGCGCUCGAUCCCAACGCCGAGGACAUGUUCGAGAGCGGCAGCUUCCUGCGCCGCCGCAAGCGCUUCAAGCGCUCUGACCUGUCCACUUACCCGGCUUACAUGCACGACGCGGCCGCCGCCGCCGCCGCCGCUGCCGCCGCCGCCGCCGCCGCCAUCUUCCCGGGCGGGGUGCCCGCUGCGCGCCCUCCUUACCCCGGCGCGGUCUAUGCCGGCUACGCCGCACCGUCGCUCGCCGCGCCGCCCCCGGUCUACUACCCGGCCGCCUCGCCAGGCCCGUGCCGCGUCUUCGGCCUGGUGCCUGAGCGGCCGCUCAGCCCAGAACUGGGCCCCGCGCCCUCGGGGCCCGCCGGUUCCUGCUCCUUUGCCCCGGCCGGCGGCUCUGCAACUAGCACCGCUUACCAGCCGGGCGGCUGCGCCGGUGCCCGACCCGCCAACACUUCCGCCUAUGCGGCCGCCUACGCUGGCCCCGACGGCACGUACUCGCAAGGGGCCGGCGGGGCCCUCUUCGCAGCGGCUGGCCGAUUGCCCGGGCCCGCUUCGCCCCCCGCGGGUGGCAGCGGCGGUGGCGUCGAGACUGCGGUGGACUUCUAUGGACGCACAUCGCCCGGCCAGUUCGGAGCGCUGGGGCCCUGCUACAAUCCUGGUGGGCAGCUCGGAGCGGGCAGUGGAGGCGCCUACCACGCUCGCCACGCGGCUGCCUAUCCGGGCGCGGUGGAUCGGUUCGUGUCCGCCAUGUGA